AUGGCUGCAGAAGGUGACGCCAUGUUCCUUGAGCCAGCCUAUGCCGCUGGAGUAUUUGCUGCUGCUGCUGCAGCUGAACUGCAGCAGCAGCGUGGACUGCCGCUAGCAGCAGCAGCAGCAGCAGGUGCUGCUGCUGCUCCUCUGAAGCUGCUGCAGCAGCAGCAGCAGCAGCAGCACCAAUUGUGCGCUGGGGAGCUGCAGCAGAUCUGGGGAGAAGCCGCAUGCGUGCUUUCGGCAGCAGCAACAAAAACGGCAGCAGCAGCAGCAGCAGCAGCAGCAGCAGCACCUGCUGCUGCUGCUGCUGCUGCAGAUAAAGAAGAUGCUGCUAGCCUGCUGAGUCUCCUUGCAGACAUGGCUUGCAGCAGGCGGGAGGCGCUGCAGCAGCAGCAGCAGCAGCAGCAAAUGAACCUGAAAGCAGCAGCAGCAAAUCUCUCGCAGUUUGUCCUUGGGGGCCCCUCAGCAGUUCAGCUGCGGGAAGAAACAGCAGCAGCAAUGCGCUGCAUAGCUCACUUAGCUAAGCAGCAGCAGCAGCAGCAGCAGCAGCAGCAGCAGCAGCUGCAGCAGCAGCAGCAGCAGAUGGCUGCUGGUCGUGCUGCUGUCCCUGCUGCUGCGCCUGCUGCAAAGCUUGCGCAGCUGUACCCCCUCCAAGCGUAUCCGCAGCAGCAGCAGCAGCAACUGCAGCAGCAGCAGCAACUGCAGCAGCAGCAGCAACUGCAGCAGCAGAUACUCCGGCCAGCAAUAGCAGCAGGAGGGUUUGGGACUGCCAUGCACGAGCUGAAGCGGCGGCGCGCUGAAGGACUUCCAGAAGCAGCAGAAGCAGUUGAGGCCCUGGAAGCAGCAAAGGGCCAAACCCUAGCUCAGGCGAGGUGGCAAACCCUAAACCCUCAUUCCCUGUCCUCCCCCUCUUUAAUCUUCAUUGACGAAAUAGAUUCUCUACUCGGAAAAAGGCGGGAGAGGGAAGAUGAUGCGUCUAUCCGGAUGAAAAAUCAACUUCUGCAGAUGAUGGACGGAUUGAGCAGCAGCAGCAGCAGCACCAUUAUUGUUGUGGGCGCCACCAACAGACCAGAUAUGCUAGAUGACGCAGCAGUGCGGCGCCUGUCUCGGCGUGUUUUGGUGCCGUUGCCCGACGAGGAUACGAGAGCAAAAAUUAUCCGGUAA